GGCCGAGGAGGAAACGCUGGGAUCAGAGGUGAGGCUCCUCCCAUCCAAGGAAACGAAACCAGCAGCUGUCCAGGCUCUGCUGCACACGGGAGCCCGCGGGGCAGUUGGGCCAUGGCUACCUGCAGCAGGAUGGAGCUCGCCAAUACCCCAGCCCGAUUUCUGGACAAGUUCAUCGAAGACCAUCUCCUGCCGGACACCCGUUUCCGCGAGCAGGUCAGGGAAGCUGUGGACAUCAUAUGCACUUUCCUCAAGGAGAGGUGCUUCCGAGGGGCCACCCACCGCAUGCGGGUCUCAAAGGUGGUGAAGGGCGGCUCCUCGGGCAAAGGCACGGCCCUGAGAGGCCGAUCGGAUGCUGACCUGGUCGUCUUCCUCACGAACCUCACGAGUUUUCACGAGCAGCUAGAGAAGCGGCGUGAGUUCAUCCGGGAAAUUCGCUCGCAGCUGAAAGCCUGCCAGAGAGAGAAGAUGUUCGAAGUGACGUUUGCGCUGACGCAACGGUCCAACCCCCGCGUGCUCAGCUUUGAGCUGCGCUCCCUCCAGCGCCAGCAGCAGGUGGAGUUUGACGUGCUGCCUGCCUUCGACGCCCUGGGUGAUCUACGUGGACCUCAUCGAGGAGUGCACCGCCCUGGGCAAGGAGGGCGAGUUCUCCACCUGCUUCACGGAGCUGCAGUGAGCCUUCCUGAAGCAGCGCCCCACCAAACUCAAGAGCCUCAUCCGCCUCGUGAAGCACUGGUACCAGAGGGUACGGCCGGCGCGGGCGGGGAGCCGGGAUGCGGUGGCCGCCGAACUCAGGGCAGUGCCUGGUGCUGUAAAGAGAGGUUUGUGAAGAAGCCACUGCCCCCGCAGUACGCCCUGGAGCUGCUGACCGUCUAUGCCUGGGAGCGCGGGAGUGGCGAGACAGAGUUCAACACAGCCCGGGGGUUCCGCACUGUCCUGGAGUUGGUCACGCGUUACCAGCACCUGCGCAUCUACUGGACAGUGUACUACGACUUUGCUGACCCCAGGGUGGGCCGCUACCUGGCCCAGCAGCUCGCCAAGCCCAGGCCUGUGAUUCUGGACCCGGCCGACCCCACGGGAAACAUGGCCACCGGGAACCGAAAAGGCUGGCGGCGGCUGGCACAAGAGGCAGACGCUUGGCUGACUCUACUAUGCUUCCAGAACUGGGAUGGCUCCCGGGUGUCCUCCUGGGACGUGCAGGACUGUGUUGAGGCCCGUGUUCACUGCCACCACAACAGCCCUGUGAGCCCGAAGUGCCCACAGCUGCUGGACAGGCCAAGGACAGCGGGAUGUUAGCCAUCCUUUGAGCGCCUGCACUGGGCGGCAGGAAGGGCUCCGACCUCCAACCUCCCCAGACCAGCCCGACGUUUCCCACACAUCCCGGGCUCCCGCCCCCUGCCCUUCCCACACCCCUCAGCCCUCUUCCCCAACACAAGUGCCCUUACCCCAAGCCGAGGACAUCCUACGACAGCGUCCUCAGAGACGAUGAGAGAAGUGGAGAGGAGGGCGGAGUCUCGGCUUUGCUUCCCUGCUCUGCGCCCCGUGGGAGGGCCAGGGCCAGUGUAUUCGCUGCACCAAUAAAAAUCACAGUGAUUGCCA